AUGAAAUUCCUCAUCGCCGCCCUCGUUGUCAUCGCCCUGGCUCAAGGGAGCCUUGCGCAGGAAGCUCUCGACAUGGACGCGAUCACCCAGAAAUUCGAGGAGAUCAAGAACCAAGUCACCUUGGAGAUGAACAAGCUGAUCAACACCCAGGACCUCGGCAGCCAGGCUCAGACCUUCUUGGAAGAGCAGAAGAAACAGUUUGAACCCCUGCUGACCAAGGUCCUGGAUGAGAUCAAAGCCGCCGCUGCCAAUGCGCAGGAGCAGAUCGAGCCCAUGACCACCAGCCUUCAGGCCCAGAUGCAGCCCAUGCUGCAGAAGGCCCAGGAGCAGAUUGAGGCCUUCGUGAAGGACCUUACGGAAAAGACAAAGGCCCUGACCAACUAA